CUGAAUCUGCCCGAAUGUUGUCCUCUCAACGGUCGCAUCGGAACUUGAGAACCACCAACGCUGGGUUCUCUUCAAGGCCCCUGCUGCCACUUUGAGUCCCGAAGCGGUUUAGCCCACGCCAAAGCUUCAAAGUACCUCACUCUUCGGAGCUCAACACGCAAAAAACUCCACGUCUAUCCAACCCCAAGAAUUUCCUCCGAUCCCGACUCUUUCUCUCCCUCUCCUUCUCACGCCAGAGCUGCAUCACUCUCCGUCCUUGAUCUCUUCGCUCCGCUCCUCGAGUUUCUGUUUGUGACCGUAAGUCACACAUCUCGAUACUUCUGCUCCCAAUUGCCCUUCCGGCCGAAAGAUCUCAAUACCUCCCACAAUGCUCAGCGCCGCUCUCCGAAGGCGCGUUCUCGCCCCUACCCACAGCGCCCUGCGAACCGGCUUCGCUGCCCACGUUGUGCGACACUAUGCCUCGUUCCCCGAGCACCAGGUCAUCAAGAUGCCCGCUCUGUCGCCCACCAUGCAGGCUGGUAACAUUGGCGCUUGGCAGAAGAAGCCCGGCGAUUCGAUUGCCCCUGGUGAUGUCCUGGUAGAGAUUGAGACCGACAAGGCCCAGAUGGACUUCGAGUUCCAGGAGGAGGGUGUCAUUGCCAAGAUCCUCAAGGAUGCUGGUGAGAAGGAUAUUGCCGUUGGAAGCCCCAUUGCCGUCCUUGUUGAGGAAGGUACCGAUAUCUCCGCCUUCGAGAAGUUCUCCGUUGAGGACGCUGGUGGUGACGCCGCUAAGCCCGCUGCCCCCAAGAAGGAGGAGAAGUCCGAGUCCAAGUCUGAGUCCGCUUCCGCCCCCGAGCCUACUCCUGAGCCUCAACAAUACCAGUCUCAGGGCCGUCUCCAGACUGCUCUCGACCGUCUCCCCAACAUCUCCGCUUCCGCCAAGCGACUUGCCCGUGAGAAGGGCAUUAGCAUCGACGGCCUCAAGGGUACUGGUAAGAACGGUCAGAUCACCGAGGAGGAUGUCAAGAAGGCCAGCAGCACCCCCGCCGCCAGCAGCGCCCCCAGUGCUUCCUACGAGGACAUUCCCAUCAGCGGCAUGCGCAAGACCAUUGCCAACCGCCUGGUCGAGUCCACCCAGACCAACCCUCACUUCUACGUCACCAGCUCCAUCUCCGUCAGCAAGCUCCUCAAGCUCCGCCAGGCUUUGAACAGCUCUGCCGAUGGCAAGUACAAGCUCUCCGUCAACGAUUUCCUCAUCAAGGCUAUCGCUGUCGCCAGCCGCAAGGUUCCCCAGGUCAACUCCAGCUGGCGCGACGGUAACAUCCGCCAGUUCAACAACGUCGACGUCUCUGUUGCCGUUUCCACACCCACUGGUCUCAUCACCCCUAUCGUCACCGGUGUUGAGGGCCGUGGCCUCGAGGCCAUCUCUAGCCAGGUCAAGUCUCUCGCCAAGAAGGCUCGUGAUGGCAAGCUCAAGCCUGAGGAGUACCAGGGUGGUACCAUUUCCAUCUCCAACAUGGGCAUGAACCCCGCCGUUGACCACUUCACUGCUGUUAUCAACCCUCCCCAGGCUGCCAUCCUCGCUGUUGGCACCACCAAGAAGGUUGCCAUCCCCGCCGAGAACGAGGCCGGUGUUGAGUUCGACGACCAAAUCACCCUUACUGCCAGCUUCGACCACAAGGUCGUUGACGGUGCUGUCGGUGCUGAGUGGCUCAAGGAGCUCAAGCAGGUUCUUGAGAACCCUCUUGAGCUUCUUCUGUAAAUUAGGGGUAGAGCGUCAAGUGGCCCCUGAAAACCGAAUUAUGUUGGGAAAGUUGAAAGGGCUGGUACAGCGAAGAAUGACUUUUUAUAGAACAGGAGGAGAUGAUCUCUGAGGGAUGGAGAUGCGACAAGGAGUUUACUUGGGAUAUCAUGGGGACACCCAUGAGAGCAUUCCUGGGUAAGAAUGGGUGAAUCACGACGACGAUGAGCAUCUAUGAGGACACCCACAGAGCUUCUUCGUCUGAUCAUGUCGCAGCAUUCGUGGAAGAUUUACGAGGCCGGAAAAGCCCGUGUACAAUGACCAUUGAUUAAUAAUGUUAUAUCUUUUCGAACUUGGGGGGUGUUUUGGACAAAGAAUCUAUUGCAUAUGCCCUCAUUAUAUGUUUCCUCCUAUUGCCUGCUUUACGACCGCUGGAUAUGACUACUUGCACUGUGCCUACACUGCAUAUAUCACGACAAGAUUUGAAUAUACGAUUCUCCCCUCAUGCGAUCAAUAGCUCGGCCUGUGCGAAGCAAUUGCUGAGAUGGGCCAUCUUUAGAUCAAGUAUCAGUCGACAAGACGCUGUAAUGAUUUGCUAGGAUUCGCAUGGAAAUUGGUGAGGCCCUGGGGCAUGUUUGAUUUUCAGAAGACAAGCAAGUAAGUUCAGUAGAGAAGAGGCGGGCAAUGUCAAGUGCCCAAGUACAUUAAUACAUAAGGUGAGAUUUUCCUUCAUCGUCAAGUCAUUACAGAUCCCUCAACGCCAGGUUCAAAAUUGUGACACAACUGAUGGAUCGACGG